UUGGCCACCAGGGUUAUUUUCCGAGGAAUCCUGACCAGCCUGUCCACUCUCUACCAAUAUUUGUUGGAGCUGCGGGCAGAAGUGGCCCUCGCUCGGCCCAUGCCGUUCCUCGCAGACUUCAACCUGCCCGCCAAUAUGGCCGACUUCCUCGGGCCUUCCGAUGCGGCUUUACUGCUCGCGAAACCAAAAUCUGGUCUCCACGUCACCACUCACAAACCAAAAGUGGAGAAACGGAAGGCUCCCGUCGGAGUUCAGAAGAAGAAGAGGAGGAGGGGUCGAGAAGACCUGGGUGUUGCUGUGCGGAGAGUGGUGUUACCCGAUGUCAACGCGGCGGCGCCUGUUGGAACCCUCAAUCGGAGCGCGGCGCAGACGACGAUCCUCCCGAGGAGGCAACGGGCGUUCCGGAGACUCGCCGCGCGUGCCGCUACCUUCCAAGACAUGGCCUCCUGUCUGGACAAAAUGAUUGUGUGGUGCAAUUCCCAGAAGAUGUCUCAAAUUAAACGUCGCUUAAGCUUUUUGAGAUUAAAGUGCCGGCAGAUGAGAGGAGCCGAGGCGGCGGGUUACAACGUGCGGAACAAGCUGCCGACGUUCAAGCGGGAAGCUGGACGGGCUUUCUGCGGGGUUCGGAAGGCUCGACCCGCCGCCGCUGCCUGCCGGGGGCGGGGCCGCCCAAGAGCAUCGCUCGGGAGGAGACGGUUUUUUAGAUUUUUAAAAACGAGACAUAAUGCAACAAGUAAAGUCAAGCCAAAGAGAUGCGCGUCAUCCCCUGACGAUUGGAUAAACCGAACAAUGGCGAUGGUGGUUAAUUGUGACAGCCACGAUGCCGACAUUGACGACAUUUUUGCCUCUGCUGGUCUGUGACGCGUUUUGAAAUGCACUAGUCAUUGCUUGCUUUUUUUUUUUUUUUGUAACUAUACACUGCAGCAAAAACACCGAACCUAGUGGAAGCAUUCAUGAAAAAUUGCAGCCAUUAUAAAAUUUCAAAUGAGAUGAGAAUCA